UCAAGACUUUCAAAAUUUCUUCGACGUUUCUCCAACGGUUAAAAUGUUUUUUUAUUUAAUUCAAAGCUGAAGAAUCGCUCUGGGUCUCUAGUGGUUAUCAGGGAUUAGAUCUGGUUUAUCUAAACUCUUGAAAUAUUCAGCGUCGUCAGAGUUAUCAAUCAAUAUGGCUGUUAAUCGUCACACGAAUGGACAUUCACCGUAGUGGCCGAUAUUGCACCAUUUUUCAUGCCUCGUCCAUUCUUUGCCAGCACGCCCAGCAAUUUCCCAUCUGCCACGGUUGUGAUUAUUCAGAAUAUGGCUACCGCGGAGAGACUGGUUAUGGAUAUUUCAGCUUCUUUGACUUGAGAGCAAAUAAACUGCAGUUUCUGCUGUGCCAUUUCCACGUUUGAACGGCAUCGAAAUGGAGCAACAAGUGUUGUGAACGGAAAAUACAGCUAAUUAUGCGCCUUUAUGGGACUGGUCAAACUGGAUUUCAAACAAAUAGCCGAAGCUUGCAACAGUACGGCAUCAUUCCCCCUGGGAGCACGCUACCGUCCGCCACUUGGACCGGCUUCCGUUACCGUAGUGUGGCUGAAUGAUCACCUGACAAUGGACUGAAGAGCGGGUGUACAGCACGUCGGGAGAAUGACUGCUUGAACUUCAGCCAUCGACAGUCGCAAUUAUUUAAGAGGGGAAAUGUCAACAUUGUGAAAUGUUUGCUGUCUGAUCGUUGUUGGACGGACGGACGGACGCGUGGUCUUCUGGAGCGCUGCCGGGAUGGAUGCCUUUAUCAUCACCGAACGGUUGCUGUUGCUUGCUUUUCCGGAAGACAUGGUGGAUAAUGUCUACCGGCCGGCCAUCAAACAAAUAUCGCAACAAUUACACAACAAACAUGGCGAUCAUGCGCUCAUUAUGAAUGUCUCCGAACCCCGGGCCGACAUCAUACGUCUCAAUCGAAAUGUUAUGGAUUUUGGCUGGCCGGCAAACCUUGCGCCGCCUUUGGAAAGGUUAUGCAGCAUGUGCAAGCAGGCGGACAUCUGGAUGAAUGCGGAUCGUCAAAGAAAUGUCCUGGUUGUACAUUGCAAGGGUGGACUCGGUCGUGCCGCGAUGAUGAUUGCCAGCUACAUGCAUUAUACAUCGGUGUGCGCGACACCAAGUCAAGCGCUGGACCGCUAUGCCAUGAAACUCUUUUUCGACAAGGAACUCAAGCCGUACAUUCUUCCGUCACAGCGCCGAUACGUCCAGUAUUUCAGUGGUUUAUUGACCGGCUCGAUACGGAUCUGUAGUGAGCCGGUGUAUUUGCACAAUAUCACCCUCAUGCAAGUUCCUAAUUUUGAUGGGAAAGCGGCAUGCCGGCCGUUGUUUAAGAUCUACCAAGCGCAGGAUCAUCUCUGGACUUCCGAUGUUUAUUCUAUGUCGGAGGCGGAAGGCAGACGGAUUCUCCGAGUGGAAUUGCGUCCGGCAUUGCAACUGCGAGGGGACAUUCUGAUCAAAUGCCUGCAUCAGAAACGGAUGCGCCCGGUGGACAAUACCAAAGAUGUUAUUUUUCGGUGCCAACUGCACACCUGUGCGUUGACACUGAAGGAUGUCCCGAUUAUACUCAACAAAUGUGAUCUCGAUGAGGCCAGCACAGAUAUUCGGUUUCCGGAAGAUGGCCGAGUGGAGCUGUUUUUCUCGUUAUCAGAAAUACCCCCGACAACUGCCGAUGAAGGAGCGGAAGUGUUAGGACUGGGCUCUGAAGGAGAUCGGCACCGGGAUAUCAUUGGUCACGAUCGCCGGAAUCUGGUAAUUCCCCUACCGGAAACGAGUAGCACUCUACACUUUGAUCGGCUACCGCGAUCGGCUAACACUACCGGAUUAGCCUGGGAUCAGGGGGAAUUGUCCAAUGAUCCACUGUAUUCUUAUGUCGCUGGCGAUGAGCCCUAUCCGCUGGCUGUCUCGCGGCCCCAUGUAAUUUUGGAGAGUAAUAUUCCCACUGUGCAGCCGCAUUCGUUUACGUCGUCCCAGUUUGAACCCAGUGCAAAUUAUGGCUACGCUGUGGUGAAAAAGCCCCGUUCCAAACGUGCUCCGUUAGCCAGUGUCGAUACCGUUGACGGUACCGAGCCGGAAACAAGGGGUUCAUUGUCCCGGUCCGAGAAGGACCGACUAUUGAGUGAUUCCAUUGAUUCUGGGAUUUCCACGGUUGUACACCAUCCACCGCCUUCCUGGGCGUCUGAAGAAAGUUCACCGGCCCAUAGAAUGGAGAAGCGAGCGGUGUCACCUGGUGGGACGCUGAAGAGCGUAAAGUUUCAGGAUGAUGAUGAGAGAAUCGGCAGACCGGUGGUAAUAGCGAUGCCUCCACCACCGGUAAAUGGAUUUGAUAACCAGGAAAAUCGCCGGCCCGCGCAGAAUGUCACGAAGAGCGCGUUACGUAGCGGGAUGGACGUUAUUGAUCUGGAUUCCGUGCAGCCCGAUAUGGAAGAAUUAGACCGGGUGUUCGAAUCACUGCAACAGGAAAGCGAAGAUUUAGACCGGCAUCUAUCAGCUAACAGUCCAGUGAUCAAGCACAAAACAUACGACAAGCAAACACAGCCGCCACUGCGCGUUAUCACCCAGCGGUCAUCAUCGACAACCAACAGUCCGGCCCUGGAGCGCCAGUUCUCCAAUCCCACCUCCCCGCACCCGCCCGUCUCCCCCGAUGCCGGCCUGAUAUCCGCCUACGUUCCCGAAGAUCGGAAGAAUCUGGCCAAGAAAUACGGCGCUUUCACGCUGGGCCUGCCGACCACCAAACCCGAACUGAAACCGGUGAGCAGUCCACCCCCGGUGCGCCGUGAUCCCCAGCGGGAAGCGGAGGAUCUGUACGGUCGGACACGUCUGCGCCACGUGGAAAGCUCAUCGUCUGAUCGUGAACAGCAGCGGAAACGUGAUGAGGAGAAGCUGUACAAUACGGCGGCCGUGGCGGCGGCUGAUCGGGAGCGAGCGGAACAGCGGAGUGGUUAUGGGCAGAUUGGUAGAGCGAUCGCCGCGGGAGGCGAGAGUCGCGGUACGACGGUUACGCAUCAGUCGCGCUCGUUGGAACGACAGCGUUCUGGGGAGGGAUCGCUUAACCGACCACGUUCACCGCGGCCUAGAACACCUACCGAAGAUGAGCGCCUUCAUAGAUUACUGAAUGUGGAGGAGGGUGAGUUUUUGAUCAGUAAUCCCGAGGAAAAAGUGCGGGGACGGUUGAAGGAAGUCGCCAGAGAAGGACAGUCUGAUGUCGAGGAAGAAGUUGUACGUCAAGCAGCUGCGCCAAUUUCCCGCCCAGCCGCUUCCAGCCAACGUUUACCGGCCGUGUCACAUCCGGUAAUGACUGACAUGUCCAUUCAAGCAUCCCCGGAUGUCAAUAUGGAAUCAGAGUACAUCCAAACCGAUCAGGAAGAUGUGCCGUUUCCCGACCGGCGCAAGAAGAAGAAAGUACAGACUAGCGUUGCCGGCACCAACACCCAGUUUUCCACGGUGCACUCCACACCGAUUGCCUACUCCAGCUCUAGCGGCGAGGGUAUCGGCGGUGCCGCCUGGCUGCAGCUCCAGCACGAUAAACUGAUGACCCGCAAGUACGGUUCGGAUUACCUUCGCUCCAAGGAACGCCACUCGCAGAUGCUGGAUGAACUGCGCGGCAGCCAGGAGCGGAUGAUGGAGCUGGUGCCGAAUCGCGAUGAACUGGAGAAUCGCCUGCCGCUGUCCAGUGUGAUUCUCCGCGAAGCGAAGACCCCGCCGCUGGGUCGACGGGCGGGGGAUGCGGAGCCGGAUACGCGGUGGUUCGGAAAGGGAAAACAACAACGACGACGUCAACAAGGCCGGCAGGAUUACAGCGUCGCCAGCUCCACGGUGGUGACGCGAACGACGGCGUACUCGGAGACUGCCCGCUCCCAACCACAAAAGACGGCGCAGUGGAAUGGACAUGGACGGGAGGUGGUCACGGACACCGAUCACGACUCCAUAGUGGAUGAGAUCGAUUUUGGUGAUGAGCCGCUGUACAAGACUGUGCCGGGAUCCAGUCAGCGUGCAUCCCGCUCACGAGAAGUGGAUGAGCAUCGCUUACGCUCGGCCAACAGUCGCACAGGCGACACCCGCGAUUACACCACAACCACCAUGUCCCAGAGUCAUUCACCCGAUCUACUGCGGCGUGCCGCUCCCUCGCCCAAAUCCAUCCUGAAGAAUCCCAGUCUGCACCGGCCCCGGAAGACCAGCGCCUCGGAAGAUCGGAUUGGCGCGGAGAUCAACGGCCAUGAUAGUGAACGGGAACGCGAGCACAGUCUGAUUCGCCGCGCCCGCGCCACGACGCCCAGUUUCCCGGUGAGCUCGUCGUUGGAGCGCAGCGGCAGUGUGGGACAGCGGGGAGGCAGUCGCAGUGGAUCGUUGCAGCGGGCCGGUUACAGUGUGUACGGGACGAGGGAGAGGGCGACCAGCAGUGGACGGUCCACACCAACAGGUUAUUUUGGUUUGAGCGGUAGUCGACGCUCCAGCCUGACAUCGAUCAACAACAGCAAUCUAAAUAACGACGCUGACGAAUUCGUCAUCCACCAGCAUCCAGUCUUCGUGCGUGACCUGUCGAAAUUUUGGUACAAACCCGGCAUCACCCGUGAAGAGGCCAUUGAGAUUCUCAAAGACAAACAAGCGGGCAGUUUCCUGAUUCGCGACAGCCAUUCCUAUCCCGGUUCCUACGGGAUGGCUGUCAAGGUGGAUCCGGGACAGGUGCCCGGUGCAGCCGGUGGACGGAGUCCACCGGAGGAGCUGGUGCGGCAUUUCCUGGUGGAGCCGACACCCAAAGGAGUCCAUUUGAAGGGCUGUCAGAAUGAACCGGUGUUUGGCAGUUUGCCGGCGCUGGUGUAUCAGCACUCGGUGACACCCUUAGCGCUGCCGUGCAAAUUAUUGCUGCCUAGUGCAGAUUUGACGCUGCAACAUCAGCCGCUGUAUUCGGAGGAUAACCUGCAGAGAUUAAUGGAGCAAGGCGCCGCAUGCAACGUUUCCUACUUGGUAACUGUGGAUACGGAAUCUCUGACUGGACCACAGGCCGUUCGUCGGGGAAUGGACGUGGUCAGCCAGGGCGGCGGUUUCGGUACCCGGCCACCCGUCGUUCACAUUAAAGUCAAUGCCCAAGGCAUUCUCCUGACGGAUGUCGGACGAAAAGUAUUUUUCCGACGAUAUUAUCCGAUCCAGAAUAUCUCCUACUGUGGCAUUGAUCCUGAUGAUCGCCGGUGGAAAUCUGACAAUACCAGUUUAUCUAGUGCACGGUGUUUCGGAUUUGUUAACCGCAAGCAGGGCUCUCGCAACCAGAACGAAUGCCAUGUAUUCGCCGAACUGGAUCCGGAGCAGCCGGCGGCGGCGGUCGUGUCCUUUGUUAAUAAGGUCAUGAUGACCGCCAGUGCGCCGCAUCCGCGCUCCUUGAGUCGCGGACCCUCCAUCCCGGAGGGACGAUAAAUGGGACAUUUGCGGGAAAGGUGGAGAAUCGGACAUGCGGCCUUGCUGAUUAACUGUGAAGAUAUGGAUGUGGUUUUUCUAAAAGAAAUAAACGAAGAUUUGGUGCAUUUAAUUGCUCAGUUUGUAAUGUUGUCUUUAUUUUCUGCCCUGUUCUUGUAAUUCUGUGCUUUGUGCUGCUGCAUCGCGCGAUUGACCGAAGCGUGCACAGGAAUCUCUUGUGGAGGAA